AUGACUUUAGAGUUCACUACUUUCAAGAAAGGAAGAUAUGAGUAUGGAUUUAUAGAUAAUGAACUCUACCUUAAAGUAUUUUACCAUGACAUUCAACUUGGUGGGUAUUUUACAAACAAAAACGAAGCGAGGUGGAAUGAUAAGAAAUACAAAUACUCAAUUCUCACAGAAAUCGAUGAUAAGUAUCGUGAUACUGAUGGUCUUUUCCAAUUUUCGAUUGUUUAUCCAGAGUUACGAACUUUCAACGUCUGGAAGCAGAAAAACAAUCCACUGAAUGAACCAAAGGUCAUCAAAAGCGAUCACAAACCUUGCAACGUAACAGGAUAUCAAUAUAUUAAGGUUCUUGCUGAUAGAAAGGAUGAUCUUUGCGUUUGGGGUGGUCUUUGCUUAAGUAAUUCUGGUGCUCUUAUUGAUGGGUGCCAAGGACUGAAAGAUUUUUUCUAUGCUAUUGGUUACACUGGACAGCAAUGGACUGGUAAUUUACUUCCAUCAAAUGGGACUGGAGUAAAUACUGUAAGCCUCUGGGUUAAGGUUAACAUAAAUAUUAUACAAGGAUCAUGCGUUGCUAACAUACUUCCGAUAUUACAAAAAUUCAACGUAUUAUCUUUCAUUUUUAUAUUGUUGGAUACAUGA